AAACGCAAAAAGCUGUCCGUUUCUGAUGUGUUUAAUCCCAACGAAGACGACGACCUCUCGAAGGCAAAGAAGCGACGACUGCCUACUCUUGUGGACGACAACACUGAUAGUGACUUAAGCGGAACGCCGACCACUAAAACCAUGUCUUCCGGCGCUGACAAUAAACUAAUGUCAUCUGAAGAGAAACGCAAACAAAUUAAAGCCUUGAUUGAGAAGAUCCCCACCUCUAAAGAGGAGCUCUUUAAAUAUGAGAUCGAGUGGUCUCUCGUCGAUAAUACAUUAAUGGAGCGGAGGAUAAGGCCGUGGAUUAACAAAAAGAUAGCCGAAUAUAUCGGCGAAGAAGAACAGGCGCUCUUAGACUUCAUAUGUAAUAAACUUCAGUCCAAAAGUAGUGCUCAAAGUAUUUUAGACGACGUGGCGAUGGUUUUGGACGAAGAGGCGGAGGUCUUCGUCGUCAAAAUGUGGCGCCUUUUGAUCUAUGAAAUUGAGGCCAAAAAACUAGGUUUAGGCAAAUGAGACGUUCCCUAUGUUUAGCAUCUUUUUUGUUAGUUUUGGAAUCAAAAAAUUCAAUUAUUUUCUAAUUA